UAUUUUUUAAUUGGCACAUUUUCAGCAAUGUCUCAUCAUACAACCAUACCACAAAUAACGGUUCACCAGAGAACGGCUCCACCAUAUAUGCAUCAACAAACAAAGAUUUCUCAAAGUAGACAACAGACUUCGGUCCACCAAACAACAUCCCCUCCGUAUAUAUACCAUACAUUUCCUCAAAUUAGAUCGCAAACAUCAAUUCCACAGAUUAGACCACAAGCAACAUUUCAUCAAACAACGGUUCAGAAUAGACCACAAACAUCGUUUCAACAGACUGUUACUCAUGCUAGGCCACAAACGACGAUUCCUCAGAUUCGAUUACAGACUACUACCCAUCUGACUACGGUUCCUCCAUCUUUACAACAUACGAUUCCUAUAAUUCCACAUGUACAUCAGACUAGACCACUGGCUUCUGUCCACCAGACACCGAUUCCUCAAAUCAGAUCGCAAAUACCUUACCACCAGACAACAGUUCCUCCAUCCACACACCAUACGGUUCCUACAAUUGGAUCAAAAACAGCAAAUCCUCAGAUUAGACUAACUUAUUUAAAAAACGAUAUACUUAAUAUAAACAAUAUUGUUAACUAUAUGUCAGAAGCAAUAAAUGCGUUCAUUACCAAUUCAUCUGAAUUUCAUCGCCUGAUUACUAUGCAUAAAUUGAAUGAAUACCAUAAAAAAUUUUACGAGCAAUAUAAAAAGCUGGACCAUUUAAAAGAUUUAAAGGUUCUUAACAAGCCAGAGAAAGAAUUGUUAUCACUCUUGGAACAGCAAAUAUCAAAUCUAGUCAAGGGAAUAAAUCAUUUAAAUAUUUUAAUGAAAUUAUUUGAAAGAGAUAACAAUACGUUGGAAGAUAUACAAUUUUUGUUUGGAAAGAUUUUAACUGAAUAUAGAACAAUUAAAGAUAAAAUAAUAAAUUUGAUAAACCGAAAUAAUGAACAAAUGAUACAAAAAAUGAGUCAAAGUAGCUCAUCAAUUUUAGGUUUGAAUCUAUGGUAUAUAAGGGCCUAA